AAUAAAUUUUGAAUGAAAUUGUGUUUAUAUAAAACAAAAAACGGGUUAAUCAUUGUUUAGUAGUUCAAAAAAAAAUAUUCUGAUUGACCUGAAUUGAUCUCAACUGAUAAUAACACUCAGUCACCCCUCGUACGAUCGCGAUGUCCACCGACUCAACUAUUCCCGAAUCCAUUCUCCGGCCGCAGGUCAUAUGAGCAGCGAACAGUUCCGGCAACCAGGUCCCGAACUAAUCCACCCUGCAGGUAUCCGCAGUCCAACUCCUUUCCCUGCGGCGGGAGAUACCAAUACCCGAUUCCUCGCCGGAUUGUCCGCUCGCGGGGGGGGUGUUUUCCGUUUUUUUAUUUCUAGGUUGCCCCGGGUGCGCGGCGCACGCUAACAACCAUAAACACACUCGAGCAAUUUUCCCUAACAACAUUCACCGAAUUGCUAGGGACGAGCUUUUUUUUUUGUUGUAUUUCGUGCCCUAUGAACUCUCUAGGAGUUGUUUAUGUCUAACCUCAAUAGAGCGCGGCGCAUACAUUUGGGGAGCUGCUGGCUGUGUUAUGUGGCUCGGACUCGACAGAAGCAGAGGUGUCCUGGGAGAGCGAACGAGCGAGGGUUCAGCAGUCCACGACGGCACGACAACCCGAACGAACGAAACCGCGCCGCGGAAAGUUUUGCCAAUUUCUUCAUCGUCGUCGUCGUCGUCGUUUGGCGAAAGCUGCUGUGAGUGAGUGCGCGCCUGGAAGGUAGGCAGCAAGCAAAAGUGCGUUCCAAGUUGGGAUUCAACGGGGGUUUGCGAAAUGACCCACUUCCGGACCGCGGCAAGUGACCACGUGCUCGAGAAACGUGACCACUGGGGAUUGGCGUGGUGGUGCUGGUAGUUUGUGUGUUUGUGUGUGUGGGAUAAUAAUAGGAACAAGAAAAAAGUUUGUCCAGUUAUGAAACUUCAUUGAUUGUUCGGAGCAAUGGGUUCAUGAACAGGUUCAUCGUUUUGCACACAGAAGGUGGAACGCAAGGGGGAAACGAGUGGGUGGGUUGGGAAGGUGAGAGGUGAGGGGAGGAAGAUUCGAAAUAGCAGUCGCACCACAACUACCACCAGCAGAGGCAGGGGGCAGAACGCCACGGAACUAAACACAAAUAAAGCCAAAAGCACCAAGACACGAAGAAGAAGCAAACGAUUGCACAAAAUUCCAAUGAGUACAUCCAAACUUCGGGGGAAAUCGGCAAUACACAUCAAUGAUAGCGUAAUCGGUGCUAGCAGCAGCAAUACCAACAAUUCGCACAACACGUUGCUCAAAAUUGAAUCCGUUGUGCCAAAACUGACCGCUCGCGUCACCAACACCACCAACCAAAGCCACUCGAACAAGCUCAAAACGUUUCAUCGAUCGCACAGUACGCUGAGUACGUCUUACCUGCGGAAAGUCAGUGAAAAGCGGGUAUUUGUACCACGUGAAGCGAUCGGCGAAUCACGGAAGGACCAAUCCAGCCCUACCGACCAACAACCCGACGGUUCCGUCCAGGUCCAAAAUGGCGUCACCACGAUAAAGCGCUCGGACAAGGAUCGCGAAAAACACCCAGAUCGCGUGAACCUCGAUCGCAAAGGACUCAGCUCGAUACCGAUCAUCGACGAUGAGCCGAACCUGCGACUGCUGUCGCUUCAGCACAACCUCAUCAACGCCUUCCACAUACCAGCGGAAACCGACACCAACAACAACAAUGAAACCUGCAAGCAAGCACCACCACCACCAUCCCCGACGAACCAAACACCCCAGAAGGCAACACCACAACCACCACCUGCUCCAGUCAACGGAACCUCAAGCCCGCCGUCCGUCAAGGACGGUCAAGCACCGACAGCCGCAGCGAUCAACUUCACGGCCAGUCGCCACGCGAAGCAGUUCCUCCGGCAAAAGUCCACCUCCCGGAGUCAGCUGUACAUGAACAACAACAGCAUCAACUACCUAGCCAGCAAAGUUACCCUGGGCGCCAAACCGCCCCUCAACGGCUUGAUCACCACCAACGGCCAGCCUCCCAGUGCCACAAGUCCAACCAACACGUUCCUCCAGAAACCGGCCUCGAUCCUGAUCAGCACCCAGCAGCGCAACCUGCUCAAAAAGUCCAACAGCUUCAUCAGCAAUGCAACGCUCUUCCCGUCGCCACCGACCCAGCAACCCUCGGCCAACGUCAUGAAGCUGAAAAACAAGCUUCUGCUAACGCCCUCGUUCAGCAUCGACAACCUGAACAUCGUCAACGAAUCCAGCAACGAACAACAACCGCCCACCAACGGCACCAACAGCAACAACAACAGCGGCAAGACCACCCCAACCAACGGGAUCAACCACCAGCAGCAGUACGUGAACCCCCAAACCCACAUCUCCCCAAUCCUAUCCGCAGCCGAACCACGCUACAACCUCCAAAACCUGGUAUUCCUAGACCUCUACGACAACCAAAUCGAAAGAGUCUCCUGCCUCGACGGACUGCGCUGUCUCACCGUUCUACUCCUCGGUAAAAACCGCAUCGUCGACAUCAGCGGACUCGUGUCCCUCCGACAAACGCUGCGAGUGCUCGACCUGCACGGCAACAAAAUCAGCAACAUCACGUCCAAAAUAAACCAACUGCAAGAGCUCAAAUCGCUCAACCUCGCCGGCAACCAGCUGCGUCAAAUCAACGUCCACGACUUCAACGGCCUGGUGAACCUCAAGGAGCUGAACCUCAAACGGAACCGCAUCAAAAAGAUCCACGGCUUCGACGAUCUGCGCUGCCUCGAGCGGCUCUGGCUCUGCCACAACGAUCUCCAGUGCGUCGAAGACAUGUCGGCGAUCGCGAAAGCCAUCAACCUCAAAGAGGUCACCAUCGAAAACAACCCCGUCUCGCUAGCGGGUGACUGCGUUUCGUUUCUGGUCAGCUAUUUACCCGGCUUGGUUUCGCUUAGCCAGAUGCAGAUAACUGAGCAGGUUCGACGCGCGGCCUCUGCCUGGCGCAAGAACAAAGAACUGUCCGACCUCAACUACACGAACCUCUCCACCGACGUGUGUCAAAGCAUCCGACGGGAGGAGAUCAUCUCGAACGCACGAACCAACUGGGAGCUGCUCCGCUCGCAGCAAUCGACUGCCUGCCGCAACGUACAACGCAUCACCAACGGAAACCACGCAACUCUAGCGAAAGACGUCGAUGUUGACCUGUCCAGCAACCUGGCCGAUCUAAACCGAACCACCAAAGCCAAGAAACAACCCACGAACGGCACAACCACAGCCGCCACCAACCAACGAAACUCGCGUGCAGUGACCAAGAAACCCCCGGCCCGAAAGCUCGUGCGAUCGUCAUCCCAAGACAACUCCGGAUCACAACUGUCCGAACAGGGUGGUGAGGAUUACUUUCGAUUGCCACCAAUUUUGGCGCCAUUCCUUGAGCAGAAUCCGCCUACUGUUGCCUCGACUAGCAAAAUAGACUCGUCCGAGUCCAGCACCGGACAGCACGCGGACUCGAGCGUGUCCAGUGCGCUUAGCUCCGACAACGAGGAACUGCUGCACGUAAAGGAUCUGGACAAGGAGUCCGACAAGCAGGACUCACCAACGAUAGAGCGGGUUCCAACACCGAUCAAAGCUUUCGAUUCACCCACACCCAAAGAAGUGCCCGAAGAGGACAAGAAGCCGGACUUGGAACCCGCAGCUAACACCAACAAUCAAGACGAGCUGAACAACGACAAAGGCUCGACACUGUCCACGCUAUCGGCAAAGACCACUUCCGAUUCGCUGCUCACAACAUCCUCAAACUCGGACGCCGACAGCAAUCGAGCAGCGUUCGGUCAAAAGCCGAAGCCACUACAAUCCAGCAGCAAACGGUACGGUAUAGGAACGCUCGUACGGACAAACACCUCACGCAACAAUACCGUCGCGAGCAGCACCAGCAGCCUAGCGAACACGUCAAAUCUCGCUAAUCCAACUGCGCUCAACUCGACGUCCUCGAACUCCGGGUCCGGUUUGUCCGGCAGCAAUGCCACAAUCAGCAGCACCAUACAGAUACCCAAAAGCAAGGUAACGGACCGAGAACGCGAGCAGGGUGGCGAUUACCUUAUCGAGAUUUGCGGCCGCUACCUGAACGUGUACGGGAUGGGAGCGCUUCGCUUCAUCGACAAGCAGUGGAACAUGUCGAAAGCGGCCGACGUGCACACGGUCAAGUUCAGCUACAUCAACUUCAACAACAUUACGGCGAUCCUGUGCCGGAUCAAGGUCCGCUUCGUCAACGCGGAGAACUUUAUCUUUCGCGAAACGAACAUCACCUGUCUGGGUCAGAUCAACGCCCUUGCCGAGAGUCAAGGUAUCGCCUCGUUGACCAUCGACCCGGAGGGGAACCCGAUCGCGACCAAACCCUGGCGUAACUACGCCAUCUAUCGCCUCUCGCACUGGGGUCUCAAGCAGAUCAACGGGAUCGAGAUCACCGAGGAGGAGGUACGAACCGCCGAAAACAUGUACGCCGGCUUGUCCGACCUGGUGCUGUGGUCCCUGCCCGAGGGUCUUCUGCAACCGUUGCUCCAGCGAUUGCGGCUCGAGGAAACGGCCCACGCCACCAAGAUGACCGCCAAAGAGUGGCUGAUGGCGGCCGAUUCCUCGCUCAAGAACAUUGUCGGUAAGGAAGCUCUCCAGUGGAAGAAGCACAGCACCACGCAGGACGACGCGAUCAUGCGUACCAAGGGCAAGGCCUACUUUGCCCGGAUGCUGGACAACACCUGCAACGCCGUGGACAAGCUCCAGCAGCUGGAGAACAUGUGGAACACGAUGCUCAUGGAGAUGAUCCGGAACACGCUGAUCGAUUACUCGCAGAUUGACGUGUACGUGCGGAACAUGCUGCUCGAGCUGAUGAAAUGAUGCACUGCCGCUGGAACAGCUAGUCUUUCCAGCACAACUGCCACCCCAUCAACCGCGACAACGACAACGACCAAAAGGGUACUGAUACUGAGACGGCUCAAGCAGCGUUUCGAUAAAAGUUAGCCUGUGUUCAACCAAUUGUUAUCUCUUUAAAAAACGGACAACACUCUUCCUAUACGAUCGAUCGAUCUUCUUUUCACCAGAUUAGAAACGUACGCGUCAUUGUAGUGCAAUAAACUAGCCGGAUUUUAAGUAGUGCAAGCUAGAUUUAGCAGCAGCGAACACACACACUCCCUCUCUUUACUCUCAACAAACCCAUGUACAAAGACAACAACCUUGAAAUUAGAGACCAACCAAUAAAGAGUAAUACUUAUCGCA